CUUUUCCGCUUCCAUAUCAGCUCAAACUAUUUGAAAAAAUUCAAACCUAAAUGUAUAAUUUUGAUUGUACUGUGUCCAAUGACAAGUGUACAACAAUCAACUGAAAGAAGCGUAGAAUUCACGACUGCACGUGCGCACGAGGAGGAGAAGUACGACCCGAGGGUUAGCGCCCGAGGGAGGGACGACGAGAGACCUUCAAAAGAAAGGAACACUCCGUGUCAAACUACAGACCCGUUUGAAAAUCCGGAUAGUGUCGGAUCUAACUGGGGCGACGAUGACGACCAAGGGACAAAGUACACUGAGGUGGAGAGAGGUGACCAGGGAGGGGAGGAUGCUGUACCAGAGUUAUGUGACAACUUUGACGACAUGAAUUUGAAGGAUGAUCUACUCAGAGGGCUUUACGGCUAUGGUUUUGAAAAACCUUCAACAAUCCAGCAGAAGGCAAUUUUACCAUGCAUUAGAGGAUAUGACGUCAUUGCCCAGGCUCAGUCAGGUACAGGAAAGACUGCAACGUUUUCAACGGCGGUGUUGCAGAGGAUCGAUACAGACAUGUCGGAAUGCCAGGCACUAAUUCUCUCACCAACUAGAGAGCUAGCCCAACAGUCGUAUCGGCAUCUCAUUGCCCUGGGAGAUUACAUGGACGUCGAGGUGGUGGCAUUUGUUGGUGGGCGGCGUGUCAGUGAUGACGUCAGACGCUUAAGAAGCGGCAAGGUGCACGUAGUUGUCGGGACUCCUGGUCGCAUUAUGCACCUUAUCAAGGAGCGAGCACUUGAAAUGCGCUGUCUGAAGAUGUUCGUUCUUGAUGAAGCAGACGAGAUGUUGUCACGUGGUUUCAAAGACCAGAUUUAUGAUGUUUUCAGGCACACCCCAGAAGACGUCCAGGUGAUUCUAGUAUCAGCCACCAUGCCGACGGAAGUUCUGGAUGUAACUUCGAGGUUUAUGAGGAAUCCUGUCCGAAUCUUGGUCAAUAAAGAGGAAUUAACAUUAGACGGCAUACGCCAGUUUUACGUUAACGUCGAACGUGAGGAAUGGAAGUUCGAGACCUUAUGUGAUCUUUACAACAGUGUGUGUGUGAACCAGGCUGUGAUUUUCUGUAACAGUCGUAGGAAGGUUGAAACAUUAACCCGACAGAUGAACGACCGAGAUUUCACCGUAUCUGCCAUACAUGGGGAUAUUGACCAAGACGAACGUGAAACUAUCAUGCGAGAGUUCCGCACGGGUUCCAGUCGCGUGCUUAUAACAACUGACCUACUUGCACGAGGAAUUGACGUCCAACAAGUAUCUCUUGUUAUUAAUUAUGAUCUACCAUUCGUAAGAGAAAACUACAUUCACAGGAUCGGACGGAGUGGGAGAUUCGGCAGAAAGGGCGUAGCCAUCAAUUUUAUCACGUUCAAUGACGAAAGGGUCUUGAAAGACAUUGAACAGUUCUACAACACGGAAGUUCAGGAGAUGCCAAGAAAUAUUGCAGAUUAUAUGUAAAUACGAAACAGUACGCAAACUUCGGAAAAAAACAUUCUUGACAUUUGAACAUCGCUAACAGCUUACUAUUAAUAAAGGAAAAACAAUAACAAUUUAAUAAGACUGAAAUUGACGAAUUCAAAAUAAUGCACCAAUAUCAUUAGUUGGAAUUCAACAGUGUUAAAAUUGAUUAUAAAUGAAGUUUUAUUAUGGACAUUAAAUAUCUGUACCAACAAAUAUAUUGACGUUCUUUUUAACAAAUAUAUUUUAUUAUGUAUAUACUUAAAUCUUGUUUUGGAAUAAAUGUGUCAUCUUA